AUGCCCAUUACAGGAAGAGAUGGAAGAGGGGAUGAAACUGAGGCCCUGCUCCCGCCAUCGGAAUCAGCGGCAAACGUCGUAACAUUCAGCCCAGACGACCCCGAGGAUCCACGGAACUGGCCUCUAUCGCGGAAAUGGCUGAUGGUAGCGGCCAUCAUCCCUAUCGAUCUGAGCGUGUCUUGGGGCGCGUCUGGCUUCAGUCCUGCCGCGGGAGACUUCGCCAGAGACGUGGGCGUAUCCCCUCUCGUCGCGACGCUGGGUUUAAGUAUGUAUGUUUUGGGCCUAGCAUUUGGGCCCAUGACACUGGCACCGCUGUCCGAGUACUACGGUCGCAGACCAGUCUACAUUGUGUCCUACGGGAUAUUCCUGCUGCUGCUACUUGGGACGACGUACGUAGAGAGCCUUGGACCCUUCCUGGUCCUUCGUCUAUUCUCGGGCUACUUUUCUUCGACAACGAUAUCGAACUUUGGGGGUACUAUUGCGGAUUUAUUCCACCAUCAUGAUACUGGCCCGGCAAUGAGUUGGUUCCUGUGGGCUGCUACAGGCGGCUCUCCAACAGGAUUUGUCCUGUUCAGCUUCAUUGCGCACGGCAGGACGUGGCAUGAUGUCUUCCGCAUCAUGUUCUUCAUCUGCUUCGCCUUCUGGAUCAUCUUGGUUGGCGCUCUCUAUGUACUUGGUGAAACAAGACACAGCGUAAUACUGCUACGGAGAGCGAGAACGUUGCGUAAUGUAACAGGAGAUGAGCAACUCGAGGUUCCAGAUGAGAUGAAACAACGAGGACCAAAGCAGCUAUUCGGUACAACACUCGCGCGACCGUUUCGCUUUCUGGGAUCUGAGGCCAUUGUUCAGUUCGGUGCCUUGUAUAACGGCUUCCUGUACGGGCUAUCAUUCCUCUUCAACGGGGCAUUCCAUCUGAUCUUCGGCCCCAAUGGAUAUGGCUUCAAUACCAUCGGCGUCGGCAUCUGCUUCCUCGGCAUUGUUGUGGGCAUCAGUCUCGGGCUCAUCACGAACAUCUAUCAGGAACGACAUUAUCAGCGACAAGUUGUUCAAGCAGGACACAGGGAUGUCCCAGAAGCACGAGUGCAUCAUGCUAAGCUAGCUGCCGUUGUCCUCCCUGUAUCGCUUCUCGCGUUCGCACUGACUGCGACACCGAACAUCCAUCCUCUCUUCCCAGUCCUUGCUAGCGCCUUUUGGGGCUGGAGUUUCUAUACCCUUAUCCUCAUGACCUUGACGUACACCGAAGACGCUUACAAGACGUACUCGGCAUCUGCCCUUGCCGGCAUCGGACUAGUCCGAAACUUGGCUGGAGCUGGUUUCCCGCUCGUUGGCCGACGCCUGUUCUUGAGAACUGGCACGAGAAAUGCUAGCCUUGUGCUGAUGGCCAUAGCUGUCUGCUUAGUACCGAUUCCUUUCGUGCUGGAGAAGCGUGGUGUGUCCCUACGGAAGAGAAGCCCGUGGGCAGCAGCGCAUGAAGACGAAGACGAUAGUGACGCGGAGUAG